CCUUCCUCCUCUCCAGCAGCUGCUUCUCCUUCGCCCGCGGGCCGGCUCGCUCCUCUCGCAUCCGGAGCCCUCCGAAACCCCGUGGAUCGGUCCAGGAUCGCCGGGCAGCGGCUGGUGCGCGCCCUCCUCGUGCGGGGCCCCGGUUCUUCUUCCUGUGAACGGCCGCUGAGUUUGGGCUGAGCAUCGCCGGACGCUGCCUGGGGUUGGCUUUAGGGGGUUUCAACAGGCGGAAAAAGAACCACCAGCCAACCAGCCAAUUCAGAAACACACGGACACGCAGAAGGCACGCGAUGGCCAGCAACAAUACCACCAGCAUAGCCCAAGCGAGGAAACUGGUAGAACAGCUCAAAAUGGAGGCCAAUAUUGACAGAAUAAAGGUAUCCAAAGCAGCUGCAGACCUGAUGGCUUACUGCGAAGCUCAUGCCAAGGAAGACCCCUUGUUGACUCCCGUUCCGGCGUCAGAAAACCCAUUUAGAGAGAAGAAGUUCUUCUGCGCCAUUCUGUAAACCGCACAGGAGCCCGACUCCAAUUUGGGCUGGCCUGGACACUGAUGUAGAGAUUUUUUCAGCAACGUGGACAUGUUUCCGGAGUCCACCUCAUUAAAAAAAAUAUAUAAAUCAGCCUGGAAGUUUACAGAGGAGUGCAUGAUCAAAAAAAAAAAAGAGAAAGAAUUUCUGCCUUUUGGGGAGAAUGAGGUGAUGAUGUUGACGUAACGUCAGGCGGCUAAAGAUCUUGACAUCUGCAGAGUUGCCUAAAGGGAGGGGGGAAAUGUGCAAAAGAGUAAAUUUAAUUUCCACUUUUGCUCUUGCCAAGCAAAGCCCUUAUAUGUCGUUUUUCAAAAAAUACAGUAAAGGUAAAAUAAAAUUUUUAAAAAGGGGGGAUGCAUAGCGAGGCUGCAUAUGAUGAUGGAAAGGGGUGUGUGUUCAUAGCCUUAUGGGGCUUCUUCCAUUUUGUUUUGCCUUUUCCCUGAAUGUCACUCUUAUUUAUGUUGAAUUGUAAAAUAACUGCAGCGAGAGGUUAGACUUGUUCUGAUGUUUCUUCGUGUGGCGUCUUGUGCCUAUUUAGCAUUUUAGCGUAGUGCCAUAGCAAGGGGGAGGGACGCGAGCCACGACCACGUGUGGAUCUGGGGUUUAGCUGAGAGUCUGUGAUAGCUUCGGCCACGGGCCGUCUCGUUCAUCCCUUACAAUAUAACCAGUUGCCACUGUUUUCUAACAUUUGUAUUUGGUGGGGUUUUUUGUUCUGCAAGUAAAAUGUGUGUUGUGAA